AUGGAGGUGUCUGAGGCUGGCAGGGAGCCCAAGGGGCUGGAGCACCCAUACCCCAACUCGGGCCCAGAUGAGAGGCAGCUCGGGCUCCCUGACAGCAGCGCACUCAGAACACCUUCAGGGUGGCCGCCUGGCCACACGCGCACGGAGGAAGUACAGCCCACGUACAGCAACCUUGGCGAGGUCCGUGCCCGCCUGCUGCUCUCCAAGGCCUGCUGCUCACGGACAUCUGAGCGCCCCACUACUGACCCGCAGCCCCUGCCCAAGAAGACCCUGACCAGGGCCCAGUCGCUGCCCACCCACAAGUCCCCCAGCCCCGGCCCCACUCGAGCAGGGCAGCCUCAGAAGCCCCUUCUGGGAUCCCGCAGUGUGGACGAGAGCCAGGCAGGCGACGACAGGGCGGGGCCCGCCUGUCGCCCUGCAGAGUUGCCCUUCUGCUCGCUGGACAAGGAACUGGGCCUCUCCCUCCGCGCGCUGGAGGCCCGGCAGCUGGAGGGCCUUCGCGCCGUGAAGGCCCGGCUGCACGCCCGGCUCCUGGGGGGCCUCCCGGGCCUCUGGCGCCCCGGCCACCGCUUCCGCCUCCUGGACAGCUCGCCCUGCGUGGAGAGCUGCGACGCCCUCUACUACCGUCUCGUGCGGAGGGACAAGGAGGCGUGGCACCUCCUGGCUGCCAAG